AUGUGAAGUCUCGCGAAAGUGCGAAGCGGCCAUUUUUCCUCCAUUGAUUGCUGUUUGUGCUUACAGUCCAAGCAUACAGAAAGUAACACAGAUUAAACUGGAUUACAAGUUAUUAAACCCCCAAAUUUGGCUUUGAAAUCGACUGGUUUUGCCUAACACCCUCAGAAUGGUCCCUCAAAGCGAAUCGCAGUGCUCCUGUUGACAGCGGAUCGCGGCUGUAGGAUCAGAUGGAAAUGGUGCCCAGCGAAGAAAAGCAGCUUGUGCCCAAAGAGAUUGAAAGUGCUGCUGAGGAGCCGAGAGUGUUGUGUAUCGUACAAGACACCACCAAUGCCAAGACAGUCAAUGAGAGGCUGACGCUCAACCUGCCCGCCUCCACCACCGUCAGCAAACUGUACGAGGAUGUGGCUCAAAAAGCUGGAUAUGUGAAUGGGACUUUUUGCAUGGUUUGGGCCAGCGGCAUCAAUACGGCACCUUUGGACCAGGCCGAUGAGACAUCCCUGGUUUUGUCUGGUUUUGAGGCAGGAAAGAGGAACUUCCUGCAGCUUACGGAUAAGGAUGGUGACCAGCCUCAGAUAGCUUCAGAUGAAUCAGGCACAGCAGACAGCAGUGGUCUUGAUGACAGCUCUCAGGACCGCUUUAUCGGACCCUUGCCGCGCGAUGGUACUCUGGGCUGCAGCAGUGACUACAGCAGCCCCAGUUAUUCAUACUCAUCCAUACUCAACAAAUCAGACACAGGUUAUGUUGGUUUGGUCAACCAAGCGAUGACCUGUUACCUAAACAGCCUUCUACAGACCUUGUUCAUGACCCCUGAGUUCAGGAACACACUCUUUAAAUGGGAGUUUGAGGAAUCUGAGGAGGAUCCGGUCACCAGCAUCCCAUACCAACUCCAGAGGCUGUUUGUGCUCCUGCAAACCAGUAAGAAACGCGCCAUUGAGACCACAGAUGUAACGCGCAGCUUCGGCUGGGACAGCAGUGAGGCCUGGCAGCAACAUGACGUUCAGGAGCUUUGCAGAGUCAUGUUUGAUGCGCUAGAGCAAAAGUGGAAAGAGACUGAGCAGGCUGACCUGAUAAACCAGCUUUACCAGGGAAAGCUGAAGGACUAUGUGCGCUGUUUGGAAUGUGGGUAUGAGAGCUGGAGAAUCGACACGUACCUGGACAUCCCACUGGUCAUCAGGCCCUUCGGGGCCACCCAGGCUUUUGGAAGUGUGGAAGAGGCUUUGCAGGCCUUCAUCCAGCCUGAGACUCUGGACGGGCCAAAUCAGUACUUCUGUGAGAGAUGCAAGAAGAAAUGCGAUGCCCGCAAGGGCCUGAGAUUCCUUCAUUUUCCAUACCUGCUGACUCUGCAGCUCAAACGCUUCGACUUCGAUUACACCACUAUGCACCGUAUUAAACUCAACGACCGCAUGACCUUCCCAGAGGAGCUGGACAUGAGUCCCUUCAUUGACGUAGAGGAUGAGAAAUCACCUCAGACAGAAAGCUGUACUGAUAGUGGGGCAGAGAAUGAAGGAAGCUGCCACAGUGACCAGAUGAGCAAUGAUUUCUCCACAGAUGAUGCUGUCGAUGAGGGCAUUUGUCUGGAUAACGCCAGCAGCACGGAGCGAGUGCUAAAACCAAAGAGCUCAUUGACCUUUGAACUCUUCUCGGUCAUGGUGCAUUCUGGGAGCGCUGCAGGUGGACACUACUAUGCCUGCAUCAAGUCUUUCAGCGACAGCCAGUGGUACAGCUUCAAUGACCAGCACGUCAGCAAGAUCACCCAGGACGACAUCCGGAAGACAUACGGCGGGUCCUCAGGGAGCAGAGGCUAUUACUCUAGUGCCUUUGCCAGCUCUACAAAUGCAUACAUGCUCAUGUACAGACUGAAAGAUCCCUCCAGGAAUGCAAAAUUCCUGGAUGUGGAGGACUUUCCGGAACACAUAAAGAGACUAGUACAUCGAGAGAAAGAAUCUGAGGAGCAGGAGAAGAGACAGAGGGAGAUCGAUCGCAACACAUGCAAGAUCAAGCUCUUCUGCAUGCAUCCAGUGAAGAUGAUGAUGAUGGAGAACAAGCUAGAGGUUCACAAAGACAAAACUCUCAGAGAAGCAACAGACAUGGCCUACAAGCUGAUGGAUGUUGAAGGAGUGGUUCUGCUGGACUGCUGUCGACUGGUAAAGUACGACGAGUUUCACGAGUAUCUGGAACGUUCAUAUGAGGGCGAAGAUGACAUGGCCAUGGGUCUGCUGCUCGGCGGGGUCAAAUCUUCAUACAUGUUUGACCUGCUGCUGGAGAUCCGCAGACCUGAUCAAAAGUUUCAGACCUACAAACCUGGAGAAGUAAUGGUGAAGGUUCACGUGGUGGAUCUAAAGAGCGAGACCAUUGCUGCCCCAGUCAGUGUGAGAGCUUAUCUUAACCAGAGCAUUACUGAGUUUAAACAACUCAUCGCACAGGCCACGGGGCUUUGUGCAGAAACGAUGCGUGUUGUCUUGGAACGCUGCUAUAAUGACCUUCGGCUUCUUUACGUGCCCAACAAGACUCUGAAAGCAGAGGGUUUCUUCAGAAGCAACAAGGUAUUCGUGGAGAGCUCCGACUCGACAGAUCACCAGGCCGCUUUUACAGAAUCUCUUUUGUGGAAGCUCCUGGAUCGUCACGGAAACACAAUCAGACUGUUUGUCUCCCUGCCUGAACAGUCCCCAGGCUCCUUGGCCAAUAGAACUAGUUGCCCCAAGGCUAGCGCUGAAACUGAGGACUCGAUUGAUGGAGCUAAGGGCAGCCAGAAGCCAGUGGAGGCCAUUCUUGAAGAAAGCACAGAGAAACUAAAGAACCUUUCAUUGCAGCAGCAGACCUCCAGCCCCAGUGACAGCCAGAAGAGCUCAGAACACAGCGACUUUGAGCUCAUCGACUCACCAGCACAAGAGUCGGAGGCCCCCUCGCAGCCCCCUCAGCUCGAGAACUGCGCACGGGGGGUUCCCGACUCCGAGAACCAGUUCCCCUCGGAGGAGCGCUCGGAUUCGGACGUCAACAACGACCGCAGCACCAGCUCGGUGGACAGUGACAUCCUGAGCUCCAGCCAUAGCAGCGACACGCUGUGUAACGCAGACAGCGGCCCGUUGCCCCUGGCGAACGGUCUUGACUCGCACAGCAUCACAAGCAGUCGCCGCUCAAAAGCACACGAGGGGAAAAAGGAAACGUGGGACACUGCCGAGGAGGAUUCGGGAACGGACAGCGAGUACGACGAGAACGGCAAGAGCAAAGCUGAGGCGCAGUACAUGUUCUUCAAAGCUGAGCCGUACUCGCAAGAGGAAGGUUCCGGAGACGGACAAAAAUGUUUGCUUGUCCACGUCGAUAAGAGAAUCACAUUGGCCGCGUUCAAACAGAAUCUAGAGCCGUACGUCGGCGUCCCUUCCACUCAGUUUAAGGUCUUCCGGGUUUAUGCCAACAACCAGGAGUUUGAGAGCGUGCGGCUGAACGAGACUCUCUCUACUUUCUCUGAUGAAAACAAGAUCACAAUCCGACUAGGACGAGCACUGAAGAAAGGAGAAUACAGGGUGAAGGUCUACCAGCUGCUAGUCAAUGAACCAGAGCCCUGUAAGUUUCUUCUGGACACUGUGUUUGCUAAGGGCAUGACUGUUCGACAGUCUAAAGAGGAGUUACUGCCUCAACUCAAAGACCAGUGCAAACUGGAGCUCAGUAUAGACCGGUUUAGACUCAGGAAGAAGACUUGGAAGAACCCAGGCACAGUGUUCCUGGAUUACCAUGUGUACGAGGAGGACAUCAACAUCUCUAGUAACUGGGAGGUGUUCCUGGAAGUCCUCGAAGAACCCGAGCGGAUGAAGUCCAUGUCCCAACUGGCGGUUCUGACACGUCGCUGGUGUCCCUCCCAAAUGAAACUCGAACCCUUUCGGGAGGUGGUGUUGGAGAGCAGCAGUGUGGAUGAACUUAAAGAAAAGCUAAGUGAAUUGAGCGGAAUCUGUCUUGAAAACCUGGAGUUCGCAAAGGGUAGAGGAACUUUUCCUUGUGACAUAUCAGUGCUGGAGAUCCAUCAGGAUUUGGAUUGGAAUCCUAAAGUCUCAACCCUCAAUGUCUGGCCUCUUUAUAUCUGUGACGAUGGCGCUGUGAUCUUCUACAGGGACAACACAGAGGAGCUAAUGGAGCUUUCCGAGGACGAGCGCAAUGAAUUAAUGAAGAAGGAGAGCAGCCGCCUGCUAAAGACGGGCCAUCGGGUCAGCUACUCCCCCCGCAAAGAAAAGGCCCUCAAAAUCUACCUGGACGGAGGGCCUUCCAAAGACCCUGGACAGGACUGAGCGGGUGGAAAACACUCCUUCCCCAUUUUCUAUCUGCCCGCUGCAGUAUAGCGCUGCCUCGCCAGGAACCCUGGCGGUUGGGCCCACGUUGAAUCAACGUCACCAGUGCUGUCCGGCUGACGCGCUCUCUCUCUUUUUGAGCUCCAGAGCGCCUAACGUGGCUCAGAGUACAAUUGUGCACCAUAGUUUAUCUUACUGUACAGUUUAAAGGGAAGUGCAAAAGCUAUUUCAAAUCUAAUAUCAUUCAGAAGAAUCAAUUUAAUAAUAUAAAGAUGGGUGCAUUUGUAGAGAAAACAGAGGGGGUGUUUUGGGAGAUACUUUGUGAUCCUCUCAGUCUUUCACCUGUUUUCGCCCUCAGUGCUCCAUCUAUGUUGAUUUUCAUCCCCUCGUUCUGCUGUCUCUACAUGACUCACUUUUAUCAUUUUCAGAUGUAAUUGCGUCUGCAGAGUUCUCAUGUUCUUCAUCAUCCAGAUUCUACUGAGCGUUGUAAUAUACCCACCCACCUCCAAACGUCCCAAAGACCCUAGGGGUGACAGCACUGCUCAUCUUCCAUUUCGUAGAGCUCUUCGACCGACUCCAGUCGUAAAUAUGAUACUAUCACUUGAAGUAUUUGGGUAUGAUGGUCUCACUUUAAAAGGAUGGGAUAUCUCUCGUUUUGUUUAUUUAACACAUAGUUGUGAAUUAAAUGCUUUUCUGGCUGACGAGGUUCAAUUCUUGCCGUUUUUGUUUGGGUAUGGGUGUGGCUAUCUAAUUCACCAGCCCACUGACUGCUUAAGCCCCUCACGUUUCGUUUCCUUCACUAGACUUCCUGCUCGGGCUACUGACGUUGGUACAUAUAAAUUUGCGAGCCUUUAAAUGAUGGGAAACGUGAAUCAAGUAGAGCGCUGCAUUCACCCGCUUUGUUUUUGCUGUUUUUCUUGUAAAUUAUUUCACUACAUACUGAUGUUGUGAGUGACUUUUAAUGGCACGUGUUUUAAUUUUUUUGACCUGUACUCGGCUUUCUUUUUCCAUUUAGAAAUGUCUCAUCCUGUGUUUUAUUUUGUUUUCUGUAAACACGGCCUGUUUGAGUUCAGAUGUGGCAUAGGUGUGUGCGCGUGCGCAUGCAUGUAUGGGAAUGCUUUUCGCUGCGGUUUUCACGUAGCUGGAAGGCAGAGGGUGUGAAAGCCCCACCGCAGGAGUUCCAGCUUCCCUCCCUGGUGCCGCAGAGCACAGGCUCCUGGGCUCCAAUGAUGCCACAAGCUGUUCACAGUAGACAUGCCAAUACUGAUAAAAAGAGCAACAAUCUCUGUCUUCCUAUCUCCAGGUUGACAUCACAUAUUUAGGGGGGGGGGGAUGCUGUUUUCAUUCAUAUUCAUGGGUCAUAUCGGAUUUAUUUUGCUUUAGUGUUCAAUUAAAACUCAAAUGAUUAAA